UUUUGAAAAAACAAGAAUAAAAUUCUCAUUCUUCUUCAAAGCACAGCAGUAACAGCAAUGUCACCUACAAAGAUUGAAAAGGCCGAGAAGAGAAAAAGAGAUGAAGAAGCACCUUUAGAGAAGGUCAAGAAGAGUAAAAAGGACAAGAAGAACAAAAAGGACAAGGAAGACAAGAAGGAUAAAAAGCAGAAGAAGGAAAAGAAGGAAAAGAAGACAGAUGAUGAUAGUACUGCAGCUGAUGAAUCUAAACUUGACAGAACAGCUUCACCAGCAACUACCGCUGCUGAAGAGAACAUUGAGAUUCUCGCUUCCUACCAAUAUAAAGAAAACGCCGAACUAUCAGCACUUCCACAAAGCACAAUUGACGAAUUCUAUAAGAAACAUACUAUUGAAAUUACUGGUGACCUUAGGCAUCGUCCUAUUCUUGAGUUCAAAUAUGCAGGAUUACCCGAUAAUAUUAUGGCCGUUGUGAAGAAUUUUGACCGACCCACACCUGUUCAAGCAGCAACAUGGCCUAUUUCUCUAUCUGGUCGAGACAUUGUCGGCAUUGCAGAAACUGGCUCCGGUAAAACACUUGCCUUCACUAUUCCCGGUUUAGUCCAUAUUGCCACCAAAUUGAAGCAAGGAAAGAAGAAUGGAAAACCCUCCAUGUUGGUCGUUUCCCCUACUCGUGAAUUAGCUAUGCAAAGUGCUGAGCAAGCCGAAGCGGCUGGUAAGGCUGUCGGUGUUACCUCUGUAUGUGUUUACGGUGGUGUUGAUAAGCAAUUCCAGCGUAAAGCUUUUCAGAGAGGUGUCGACAUCGUUGUAGCUACGCCAGGUCGUCUAAUUGAUCUUAUUAACGAAGGUUCAUGUGACUUAUCAAAUGUAUCUUUCAUGGUGCUGGAUGAAGCAGAUCGUAUGUUAGAUGAUGGGUUUGAAAAUGAUAUUCGUGCAAUCAUGGGCUACACACCUAAAGACCGUCAAACACUCAUGUUUUCAGCCACUUGGCCCGAAAGCGUCCGUAAACUUGCCAGUGAUUUCUUGAAUAAGCCUAUGCGUGUCACUAUUGGUUCUCCUGACUUGGCCGCUUCAAAAAAUGUUGAGCAAAUUGUUAAGGUGAUUCAAAAUCCCAGAGACAAGGAGCGCCAUCUUUUGGAUCUGUUGAAAAAAGUACACAAAUCCCGUACAAACCGUGUUCUUAUUUUUGCUUUGUAUAAAAAGGAAGCGAUGCGUAUUGAGCGAUCUCUAGAAUACAAUGGUUUCAAGGUGGUUGGCAUCCAUGGUGAUAAAAACCAACAACAACGCACGCAAGCCUUAAAUUCGUUCAAGGAUGGCUCAUACCCCUUAAUGAUUGCUACUGACGUCGCUGCUCGUGGUCUUGAUAUUCCAGAUGUCGAGUAUGUCAUUAAUCUUACUUUUCCACUGACUAUUGAGGCUUAUGUUCAUCGUAUUGGUCGUACUGGACGUGGCGGUAAGAAGGGCGUCGCUUAUACAUUCUUCACUCCUGAAGAUAAGGCUCAUUCCGGGGAAUUGAUUAAUGUUUUGAAGGAAGCAAAUAUGAAGGUUCCUGAUGAAUUAAUGGCAUUUGGUACUACUGUGAAGAAGAAGACACAUAGUGCUUAUGGUGCCUUCUUCAAAGAUACCUCUGGAGUUGAAGCAAAGAAACCCACCAAGAUCAUUUUCGAUUAGUUAUUUCUCGAUUUUUUUUAUCCAUGUAUUUAUAUUCGAUAUCGAAAUUGCACCACUUUGCUUUCUUUUGUAAUCCAUCAUUUCUUUUUUUAUGUUAUUUGCAUAUAGAUCAACUUUAAUAUUAUAAACUGUUACUAUUCUCAUCA